AUGUGCUCCCCUCUUUGCUCUGUGGCUGGAGUUGAGCAAACUCUGGAUGAUGCAUCCAUGAUCGGGCGCAUGGACAGAGCCCGUGGGCUUGAAGCUGAAGGAGAGAAGCGGAUGCGCAGCACAAUGUUGAAGAGAAAUCAAACUGGUCUGAAUGAUGAAGUAACCUUUGAAUGCCUCACUCAUCUCUCCCACCUUUCCCACCAAGCCAUGGCCCACGACCCCUGGCCCACGGCAAUGAGCAGCGCUGCCCUGAAGACCAAGAAGCUGGAGAUGAGGAGAAUGUCUGAGGCUUCAUUAGCCUUUCCAGUGAUAUCUCCAGCUGCAGAGGCUUUAGUUAUUUCUGAAGUCCUGGCAGACACGUGGGUGGCUGCUCAGAAAAGAAAUUCUGAGAGACUUGAAACUAAGAGAGAAAAUCAGGCCUUGAAAGAAACGGUUAAGGCCUUGGUGAUAGAUCUAGAGGCGGAGUGUGUAGCUCUGCAGCAAGGGCUGAUCGACUGCAGUGACCCUAAGAAGGUUGCCCUGAAGCCAACAGUCACCCAGUCGGCUUGCCAGAGGCUCCUGGUAACCUCCAAGCCCAUAACUCUCACCCAGAAGUGCCAUUCUUGCCAAAUGGUCACAAGGAUGAGAAACAGAGAGCAGGACGGAAAUAGCCCAGGAUGUGAUAGUAGUGAUGGGAACAACAAGGAGCCGAAGUCAGGAGGACCAGGAGGCUACAUAAGGAACCCAAGACAAAUCACAUGUGGUGGAUCCUCAGCUUUCCUGCUGCCCUUUCAUUGCAGCGGAGAGAAUGGGAAGAAGUCACUGGGAGUGCCUAUGAUUGGCCCUAUCCACAAGGCACCCAGAGCAUCUCAUGAGGAUCCUGACAGUGCUGAAGUGCCUCUGCCAAGCUCUCAGCACCUGAUUUGCCAGGAGGCCCUGGAGACAAGGGCAAGAUCAAGCACUGGACGUGACGAGGAUGUCCAUAAGCCUCCAGAGCGCUGGAUUCCGAAACCCGUCUUGCAUGUUUGCCGGAAACAUGUUGGUGGUGUGAAGUCUGCUGGCCACUUGUGUGAACCCAUGGCCUCGUUACCAAGCACCCCACUCAGCCAGAGAAAGGAGAUAGAUCCUCUCAUGAGCCCUUGCCUUCUCAGUGAGAAUAACUUGGAGGACGACACUGAAAGAGUAAGAGCCAAGGACAGGGGUGAGCAGGAUUCCUUUUCAGUGACUGCACAGUGCCACCAAACAUCAAAUCUUCCUCUCCUGAAUAACCCACCUUCCCUGGUCUCCAGCGUUGUCUUGUUGGUCUGUGCUACCUUGUGCAAGUUACUUCAGAAGAAAAUACAACAGCAGAGGAUGAAAAUAGCAGAGCUUUUGCGUAAAGAGAGGGAGAUGAGAGAGAAGAGAGAGAAGACAAAUUCCUUGCAGCGCCCUACGCAGAAUGUUGACUCUGGGGAUGCAGUUGAAGAAAGGAAGUCGCCCAUUGCUGCAAACUCGCUGGUGCAGGGAGAGAAGACAGAUUGUGAGCCCACUCAGAAAGUCAGACCUUUCCUUCUCUCGUGGCGGGCGCUGCUCAAUGAGCUCGCAUCGCUCAGCAGUGACAACUGGAAGCAGAAGGUGAGAGGAUUCUUCAGGGUCAGAUGCCUGGCUGUCUUCCAUAAAGAAGUCCUCCUGUCUAGGCUUCAGGACGUUGCCUUGGCGGUUACCAAAGAGGUGAACAACCUCCACUCAAAGGUGUCUCGCUCUGCAAUGGGCACUCUGAGAGACCUCUUCAAGACCAUGAAGAAGCACAUGGAUCCCCAGGUGGAUGUGGCUACUCAGGUCUUGCUCCAGAAGACAGCGGACUGCAACAAAUUCAUUUGCAAAGCAGCUAAUGAAGCCCUGGGGGUCAUGGUGGCCAGUGUGACUCCUGCACGAGCAAUGAGAGCUCUCACGGCUAAUGUAAUCCAUGACCGCAUCGUUGUGGUGCGGAAGUGUGCGGCUGAGCACCUACUGACCAUGGUGGAGCGAAUCGGAGCCAAGAAGCUCCUGUCGGACAGGCGGGAGAGUGCUGAGCUGCUGGUAAAAGUGAUAAUGAAGCUUGCUCAGGAUUGUCAUCCUGACACAAGGUGUUAUGGACAGAAGAUGCUGAAGAUAUUGAUGAGUCAUCAAAAAUUUCAUCAGAUUUUGAAGCACACUGUCCCCUCCCAUGAUUGGAAAGCGGUUAUGGCCACAAUUAAGAAGGAAGGGACAGAACACCGUAUACCUGAACUUUCACCUGCCAAGGACCACAAGAAAUCUUGGAACAGCAACUUGACAAUGCCCCAGGACAACCUGCCUUCUGAUGGACGUUCAAGGACUGGAUCUGAAGAUCUCAUCUUACCCGACCUGACGGUCCAUGGCACGUCACUUCGGACUAGGAGAGAUACCAAAGAGCUUCUGAAGACCCUCCAUGAGCUCCUGACAGCCCAGAAGUUUCAGACAUGGAUGGAAUGAGUACAGCUCCUCCUAGACCACUGCAAAAACAACCCUCAGUUCAUCUCCAGGAACAUUGUCCAGUUUUUCAAUGUUUUUGCACUGAGACUUUAGGAUUGCAACAAGAAAUUGUGCCGGCAGGCGCUGGAGGCCCUGGCUUUGAUGAUGCCCAUGCUCAAAGAUGCCUUACACCCAGUGCUGGUCUCCAUGGUCGCAACAGUCACUAACGGCCUGAACUCAAAGCACUCGGGGAUUUAUGCUGCAGCUGUGGCAGCACUGGAAGCAUCCAUUACUCACCUAGAUAACGCACUGCUGCUGCGAGCCUUUGCCCAGCGAGUGUGCUUGCUGCAGAGCCAAGCUUUGCUGGAUGUCACAGAGCGGCUCCCGGGGCUUGUGGCAUCUGUUUAUCGCCAGAGACCCGAAGCCAUGAAGUGCUAUGCCCUGCCCAUACUCUGGUUCUUCCUGAGAAAGGGGAGCAAGCAUCUCCGUAACAGCAAAGUCAGGGCUGCAGUCACCAAGCUUGCAAAGAGCCUCUAUGAACUGAUUGACUCCAGGCUGAAGAAGGACGCUGCCAGCCAACCACUGCAAGUGACCAAAAACCUCUGGGAUAUCCUGGGCCUGAAUGUCCGCUGAAGGCUUGGUGUGCUGCCGGAAUCUGAUGGAGAGGCACAAUAUGGGACAGGCAGAGGCAAAGGUGGU